GGUCACGUGACCCGCUUCAGCCAGCCUCGGCUUCGUCUUCUCUUGGACGCCGAUGUGGGACGGGUUCCUUCCUGGAAGAAAUGGGCUCUGGCAAUGCACGAAUUUGAUCAGUCAGAGAUCCGACCAGUUGAGGCUGUGAAUGGCGCCAAAACAGGACCCUAAACCCAAGUUUCAAGAAGGUGAAAGAGUCCUGUGCUUUCAUGGGCCACUGCUCUAUGAGGCAAAGUGUGUCAAAAUCAGCAUAAAGGAAAAGCAGAUUAAAUAUUUCAUUCACUACAGCGGGUGGAACAAAAACUGGGAUGAAUGGGUUCCUGAAAGCAGAGUUCUCAAAUAUGUGGACAGCAACCUCGCAAAACAAAGAGAGCUUCAAAAGGCCAAUCAGGAUCAUUAUGUUGAGGGAAAGAUGAGGGGUUUAGCACCAAGCAAGAAGAUUGCUGCUGUGCAGCAGAAAAAUGUUGAUCUGAAAGUUAAAAAGGCAAAACAGAAAACCCCAGGUCCGGGUGAAGGAACCAGCAGUGGAGAAACGCCACAGGUGCCACGGAAGAAGCGGACUCGGGUUGAUCCCACUGUGGAGAGUGAGGAGAUGUUCACCAACCGUGUGGAGGUGAAGGUGAAGAUCCCUGAGGAGCUGAAACCCUGGCUGGUGGAUGACUGGGAUCUCAUCACACGACAGAAACAGUUAUUUCAUUUGCCCGCCAAGAGGAGUGUGGAGAUGGUCUUAGAGGAAUACGCAAACUACAAGAAAUCAAAAGGAAACUCCGACAACAAGGAGUACGCUGUGAACGAAGUGGUGGCUGGGAUCCGGGAGUACUUCAACGUCAUGUUGGGCACUCAGCUGCUGUACAAGUUUGAGAGGCCGCAGUAUGCUGAGAUCCUGGCUGAACGCCCGGAUCUGCCCAUGUCUCAGGUGUACGGAGCCCCACACCUGCUGCGCCUGUUUGUUCGGAUCGGAGCCAUGCUGGCCUACACGUUACUCGAUGAGAAGAGCCUGGCUCUGCUGCUCACUUACCUCCAAGAUUUCCUCAAGUACCUAGUUAAGAAUUCAGCCACCCUCUUCAGUGCCAGCGACUAUGAGGUCGCACCCCCAGAGUACCACCGCAAAGCUGUGUGAGAGCUCUGAGCAACACGACGCUCUGAGCGAGAGGCAUCUCGACCAUGUCAGGCCACGAGAAAUAAAAAGCACUUCUACACUUUGGAGUGCAGACCAGGAUGGACGUUUUCACGUGAAUUGAAGGGUUUCAUCCCAAAAAGAUCUUGGGGACUUGGCACAGCUGAAAAAAUAUUCUCUACCUUCUCAAUUUUAUAUCACUUGGUUUGAAAGAACAAAAUAAUAGAUUCUCUGUCAUUUCAACAA